AUGACCGCCAACAAAGGAGCACUUUUAAAAAGAAGACUAAUCAAAGCAAACAGAGUAAACAAGCCAGUGCCAGCAUGGAAAAGACUUAUUCCAGGAAACAAGCAGCAUUACAACACAAAAAGAAGACACUUUUUACGUACUAAAUUAAAAUACCAUGAAUAA